AUGUCGUUAUACGAACCGGCGGAUGGUCUUCUCGGAACUCAUGUUACGUGGCAUGAUGUGGAAAUGGAAAUGCAGAGAGUUCUGGGGACGAAUGCUAGAUUCGGAGAGAAUAGGAAAAUUAGAGAUAUUGGAGAUAUGAAGGGAUUCAUGUCUAAAAUUGCAAUGAUUCAAGCUGAUUGGUACUUCCCUCCAGAUGAAGAUUUGAGAAGUCUUCCCGACCGAAUCGCUGUCAAAAUGUCAUCUGAACUUUCUCUUUACAACUUCUCAACUCUUGUUUCCUCUAAAAAAUGGGAUGUAGAGAAGAUGCAAUCAAUGACUUCACAUGUUAAAGAUCUUCAUAAUCGAGAAGUCCAAAUGUAUCGAAUUAUCAGCAGAGAGCAACCGAAUUGUCCAACUGUUCAUGUACUUGCUCUAGAGGAAUUCACUGAAUUCACACCGCUCAAAGCGUAUAUUAUCUCGGAAUAUAUUCCAAAUCUUCAUGAUAUUGGAAUGAGUGAUAAUAUACCAUUAGAUGACAUUUGGGCAGUUGUAGAUGGGAUUGCUGCAUUUUCAGCAAUGGGGGAAAGUAUGAGUGAAGAAGAGAAGAAGACGGCAACAAACGGAGAUAGAUAUAUUGAAGAUGCAAUCAGUUGUUUCUACGGGGAGAAUUCACCGGAUAAUAUGCGACAGAAUCUAGUAGAUAUAUUGGGAGUGGCUUAUGAGGAGAAAGUCGACGAAGCUAUGGAGGUGUUCGAUUUUUACUGCAAAAAUUCGGAGAUUCGAAGCAACUAUUCAAAAGUUUCCGAGUUUUUGGACCACAACCCAGUCUUGAUGCAUUCCGAUAUUUGGCCAUCUAACUUACUCUUCUCUCGAUCUCCUCAAAAUAAUCUUGAAUUCGAAGCACUCAUUGACUUUCAAACUGCAUCAAUGAGCAGUCCGGGUCUAGACGUCGCUUGUCUUAUGGUCACAUGUCUCUCCAAAACGGACCGUCGCGCUUGUAAAGGUGCCCUUCUCGAUCGUUACUAUGAAUCAUUUGUCAGAAGUCUCAAGAAUCCGAACUCAAUUCCUUAUACCAGAAGUCAACUCGAAGAUUCGUAUGAUCUAUGUUUCCCGGCUGCAGUAAUUCUCAUGCUUCCGUUUAUUUUAUCGUUUUCUUUGAGACUUGGAGACGAUAUUCCGGAGAACUCAAUUGACAAGUCAGCUGGUCUAAUAGAGGAUUUCAUCUUUAUACACAAGUCGAAUCUUCAGAAGUUCCCUAAAUUCUAUGAAACUAGUUUAUGA